AUGCCGGCGCUUGAGGUAUUCGGACGUCGUAGUCGCGUCGUGGGCAGUGACGACCUGUACUGCCCGUCACUCUUCCUGUUGUUUUACCAAAUGCCAUUGAUACUACUGUGUGUAUUGUACACGAGUGUAUGGCGACGAUGCUCGUCCACAGCACUGAAUACAAGCGGCCUCUCGUUCUGGUACAUCCUCGUCGCUAUACCGCUUGUGUUUUUUCGUGGGUGCAUCUACCUUAUGAUUAUGCACGUGUCAUCUCAAGGCACAAUAGUCGACCAUGAGCGUCGCAUGCUGAUGCCCCGAAUGCUGCACGUACAUACACUUUGGUCGGGUCUACUCGUGGUCUACGGUAUUACCGGUCUUUACUGCUGGUAUUCCCAGUAUUUGUGUCACCCCGAUGGACGUUUUGUAGUGGCCGUCAGUGGGUUUUUAGUCGCUGAAGUAACGUUUACGUUUUCACUUGGAGUAUGUAUCAUGAGUGACAUUCAACCGGAAGAGCUAUUGGAUCAAGUUAAAUCUCCAGUUUCAAGUACUUUGGAUCCUUAUGGUAACGCUAUUGAUGCUGAACGUCAAUCGUUGUUGUUGUUGGAUGAUGCAGAAAUGGAUCGAGCAGUUCCAAGCUCGGAUGUGCAUGUACCACAGAGUCAAAAGUUGUGGAAACAACGGUGUACACGGUGCUGCAUGUGUCUGCGGUGCUUUACGUGCAAUUUGUUUGGUGGAGCAGGCACUCACCAUGAUAGUAUGUCGGUAGUGGCAAAAGUGUUUUCGAGGUUGUUCUACGGUAGUCCGAAUCUCGUGAUAUCGGACAUUAUAGCAGGUUUUGUGCUUCUGGCAGCGGUGCAGGCAUAUGAAGAUCAUCAUGAGAUUGUUGCUACCUCGCCUCAUCGAGAAGAAGACGAAGAAGUGGAAGAGACGCUUGGAAAAAUUCGUGCUAGAAUUCGCGCUAGCACAAGCAAGAUGACAUUACUUGGCAAUGGAGCUGCAACCACGGCUUCAGCGAGAAACGCGUCUCGGAGAUCGACGGCGUUACCGGCUUCCGCAUCGGACGGCAACGAUACGAGCCAGUUUGUCUCCAUUAGCAUUCCUUCCUCGAUCGAGUCCCAGAGGCAACACGGCGUUGGCUUUGAGAAUUCGGCCAAGCCUUUUUACUACCAUCCUACAGAUCCUCACCUCAAUGACAUGGAGCUGACGAGAACGUUGAAGGAGUUGGCACACUUUAUGAAAUAUGCGAUUGGUAUCUACGGUUGGAUGCUGUUUGUGUGGUCUCAUCCGUGGAGCGGUACGUUUGGGAUAGCCUUUUCUUGCCUGCGUCGCAACCUGCGAUGGGUGCAUGGUGAUAACUGGUUUCGCCUCGGCCAGACCGCACUGCAGCUUGAAACGAAGUUGCACAGUGAUGAUAUCGUGUACGCGAGUUUCCGUAACUCGGUAUACCGGCCAGCUUUUGCAGUGAUGCUAGACCACGGACGCAAGGAGGUUGUUAUUGCGAUCCGUGGUACACUGUCUCUGGAAGACUGCCUUACUGAUGCCAUUGCAUACGGUAUGUCCAUGAACGACGUGGUCGAUCGGUGGGGGUGUGAUGGCACGGACGAGUACGCACACCAGGGCUUCCUUACGUGUGCCGAGUCGGUGUGUCUGGAGCUCAAACGUCUCGGUGUCCUCGAAAUGCUUUUUGAUAAUAAAUCUACUGCAGCAGUUGCAACGGGCGAGGUUAACCUGUGUGAACGUGGUGCGUAUCGCGACUACGGUCUCGUGGUUACUGGCCACUCGCUUGGAGCUAGUACGGCAGUACUAUUGUCGAUCCUGCUCCGUCCCAGGUACCCGAACCUUCGUUGCUUUGCGUACAGCCCUUCGGGCUGCACUGUGUCUCCUAGACUCGCAGCUCGUUGCGCAGCCUUCACGACUUCGCUCGUUCUGGGCGACGACAUCAUUGCUCGGUCAUCGAUCACUUCAGCCGAGGUACUGCGUGACAGUGUGCUAGAUUUGAUUGGUAGAAGCAAGGUGAAUAAGGCUGUUAUCUUACGGCAAGUCAUUUCCUGGAGGAAUCCAGAUGAGCUGCUUUAUAGAGAAUCAGAUGAACGUUCUGCUGUUGACGACGACGGAAGCGGGUCUACAAAAGUGCGCUCGACGUUCAUAGCGCAUUUGUCCAAUUAUCGCACGAUGCUACAGCGUAUACAGGAAUCGGAACCAAUCCAUGAAUUGACCAUCCCUGGACGUGUGGUGCAUCUCAAGCGCGUAGUGCGUGCCAAGGAAGUAGCUGGGUGCUGGGUUUGCUGUCGUCCUGGAGGCGGCGGAAUAUGCUGCACUGCGCGCACGAACUAUCGUUUUGCUUGGGCUGUGGAAGAUCAGUUCAAGCAGAUCCGCAUUGGACGAACUAUGCUGGAUGAUCACUUCCCUGACAAAGUCCAUCACGUGCUUCAGGACUGCGUGAAGCGCUUGCGCAGGAAUCAGGACGAGAACGAGACUCAGUGUCUAUAA